AUGAAGCUUUUAAUAGUAAUUUUUUAUUUAGUGUUUCUUCUUAGUCAACGUAUAUCCAGAGCUGAUCAUCAAUAUGAAUCCACAAUCACUGAACUCAAGCAUCCAGAAAAAUCUACUGAAUUCAAAUCAAACUUUACCGACAAUUACAAUAGUUUAACCAGUAAUGACUGCAGAAAUAACACCGAAUGCAGGAGAAUAGCGAAUGGACAUUCAGCAAAAGCUUGUCAAUUUCCAUUUGUAGCUGAAUUAAUAGUAAAAUUUGAAAGUAAGCGACAAGGAAUUUGUACAGGAAGUUUAAUUGCACCAAGAUGGAUUCUAACAGCAAAGCAUUGCUUAUUUGACAUUGAUGAUCCAGUAACAACUGUUAUUGCAAUAAUGGGUUUGGUUAAUCGAAAAAUCAAUAAAAAUUGGCAAGUCAGAUUAGUCAAGAAUGUCGUUCGUCUGAAACAUUUAAUAUUGCCUGAUAUAGCACUUGCAGAACUUGAAGAUGACUUCCAUCUCAACAACUAUGUGAAUAUAAUCAAACUACCUAAAGUACAAGAGUACAAACCAAGUCUUGAGUUUGUUGCUGUUGGGUGGGGAAAUGUUCUUCAGUAUACAAGCUUUCGAAUUUAUGACACAAAUGAAUGCAAAAAUGACAUCGGAAUAUGGAGUCAGUUUACAUUUUGUAGCAAAGGAAUUGAUCGAGAUUCUUCAAUUCUAAGUGGUGAUUCUGGAGGUCCAGCUUUGAUCUACAACAGCCAAAAUGAACCAAUUCUGAUUGGAAUCAACGUUGCUACUAAGCAAGACAGACAUGGGAACAUCCUAUGGCAGCUAACCACCAAAAUUGAGCCAUAUUUGUCUUGGAUUGAUCAGCAUAUUCGUGGAUUUUGA